AUGGAGAAGCCUCUACAAAGCCCAUCUGCCAUAGUUAAUUCCCAGACAGCCCCAGUCUACAGGCAAGCCCUCUACCCCAGAUACAGCCUUCUACCCCAGAUACAGCCCUCUACCCCAGAUACAGCCCUCUACCCCAGAUACAGCCUUAAACCCCAGAUACAGCCCUCUACCCCAGAUACAGCCUUCUACCCCAGAUACAGCCCUCUACCCCAGAUACAGCCCUCUACCCCAGAUACAGCCUUAAACCCCAGAUACAGCCCUCUACCCAGAUACAGCCCUCUACCCCAGAUACAGCCCUCUACCCCAGAUACAGCCUUAUACCCCAGAUACAGCCCUCUACCCCAGAUACAGCCCUCUACCCCAGAUACAGCCUUAAACCCCAGAUACAGCCCUCUACCCCAGAUACAGCCCUCUACCCCAGAUACAGCCCUCUACCCCAGAUACAGCACUCUACCCCAGAUACAGCCCUCUACCCCAGAUACAGCCCUCUACCCCAAAUACAGCCCUCUACCCCAGAUACAGCCCUCUACCCCAGAUACAGCCUUAAACGCCAGAUACAGCCCUCUACCCCAGAUACAGCCCUCUACCCCAGAUACAGCCCUCUACCCCAGAUACAGCCUUAUACCCCAGAUACAGCCCUCUACCCCAGAUACAGCCCUCUACCCCAGAUACAGUCCUCUACCCCAGAUACAGCCCUCUACCCCAGAUACAGCCCUCUACCCCAGAUACAGCCCUCUACCCCAGAUACAGCCCUAUACCCCAGAUACAGCCCUCUACCCCAGAUACAGCCCUCUACCCCAGAUACAGCCCUCUACCCCAGAUACAGCCCUCUACCCCAGAUACAGCCCUCUACCCCAGAUACAGCCCUCUACCCCAGAUACAGCCUUAUACCCCAGAUACAGCCCUCUACCCCAGAUACAGCCCUCUACCCCAGAUACAGCCCUCUACCCCAGAUACAGCCCUCUACCCCAGAUACAGCCCCUCUACCCCAGAUACAGCCCUCUACCCCAGAUACAGCCCUCUACCCCAGAUACAGCCCUCUUACCCCAGAUACAGCCCUCUCCCCAGAUACAGCCCUCUUCCCCAGAUACAGCCCUCUACCCCAGAUACAGCCCUCUACCCCAGAUACAGCCCUCUACCCCAGAUACAGCCUUAAACCCCAGAUACAGCCCUCUACCCCAGAUACAGCCUUAUACCCCAGAUACAGCCCUCUACCCCAGAUACAGCCUUAAACCCCAGAUACAGCCCUCUACCCCAGAUACAGCCUUAUACCCCAGAUACAGCCCUCUUCCCCAGAUACAGCCCUCUACCCCAGAUACAGCCCUCUACCCCAGAUACAGCCCUCUACCCCAGAUACAGCCCUCUACCCCAGAUACAGCCCUCUACCCCAGAUACAGCCCUCUACCCCAGAUACAGCCCUCUACCCCAGAUACAGCACUAUACCCCAGAUACAGCCCUCUUCCCCAGAUACAGCCCUCUACCCCAGAUACAGCCCUCUACCCCAGAUACAGCCCUCUACCCCAGAUACAGCCCUCUACCCCAGAUACAGCCCUCUACCCCAGAUACAGCCCUCUACCCGAGAUACAGCACUCUACCCCAGAUACAGCCCUAUACCCCAGAUACAGCCCUCUACCCCAGAUACAGCCCUCUACCCCAGAUACAGCCUUAUAG